AUGGCUUCAACCCCAAACCCGGACUCGCCAGAGGCCAAGGAGCUUGCCUUGGUCGGCAAGGUUGAGAUGCGCAUAGCCCUGACUGAUACAGACGCGAGACUGGAAGCAAUACUGAAGACUUACCUAGCUCCGCUGUUGCUGAAGCUUGCUUCGCCAAAUGUGAGCGUGAGGAACAAGGUCAUCUCUAUUUGCCAACACGUCAAUACACGCAUCAAGCCACAGCACAUAAAACUUCCGGUUGCAGCCCUCUUGAAGCAGUUCAAAGAGAACCCGGAUGUGCCCUUGAUCCGCCACUUCGAUCUCCUGUACAUUCAACAGGGUAUCUCCCGUCUGCCCAUUGCUGAACGACUCGAACUUCUCCCUAUCCUGACGCGUGGCAUUGCCGUCGACUACUCAAAGUCUCCUCAGCAUGGAUCACAGCUUUUUCACCUACUUCUGCGCCUGCUCGGCUACUUCAAACUACCCCCAAGAGGUGGGAAAGAAGAUGACGAGUUGCGGAAAACUCUAGGCGUUGACGAUGAGGACACCAAGUUCCUGUCUUUCUGGUUCGGCAAGCUCAUUCUACUGAAUAUCGUCAGACAGCGAAGCGAAGAGCUAGCGGCCAACGUUAGCUGCCCUGGAGUAUCAGCUGAAGAAUACAAAUUCCUCACUGUUCAAGGAAAACCUGAUGCGUGGAAUCCCACAGCUGAUGGUGGACUGAAUCUUCCAGAAACUAAGGUUAUUGCCUCGAAGUUUUUGGCAAGUGGCAUGUUUGCCGACGCUGAGCGAUUCUUACCUGCACUUUUUGCUUCUGCCGAUACAAACUCCCGAAUAUCAGACGUUGGGGAUGAUAUACUCAAGCGGGUAUUGCCGGUGACAAACCUAGAAGACCGUGAAAUCGUGCAGAACUUAUUAGAUGUGUAUUUCGGAUCUUCAACUUCCGGCGGGCCCCCAUCGGUCGGUACUCCACUGAAGAUCAAGAUCUUGGGGCUACUCUCAAAGUCUGUUGCUUCAACCACAUUUCCUAAAGAAAUCAGCAAGAUUGUGGAAGAGGGUCUCAUUUCAAGCUACGAUAUUACCACCCCCCGUUCAACUGGUAGGGAAGCCUCCAAAUUUCGCUCUGCAAUCUUCUUGCUGGUCAAUUUUGUUGCUCGCCAUGGCGCCGGCAAGGAUAUCUCCACGGUAGCGCCAGGACUUGUUCAGAACCUAAAGUCCUUUAUCGAGGAUCAAGGCUGGCCUACCCCAAACAGGGAUGAGGACCUAGAGCUCCGCGGUUACGGCUUUGAGACGAUAGGGCUCCUCGCAAAGGCCGCGCCAGAAAGCACUCUUAUUGAACCCACAGUCAGCUUACUGGACUGGCUUUUUCGGUCUUUGAGAGAGGAUACCUCUGGAAAGGACGUUGCAGUCAGCAUCGAAGAAGCCCUGUCUUCGGUUCUGGGAGCUUUUACUAAACCUCUCGAGGAUCAAGAUACACGACCCAAGUUUAGGCAGAUUCUCUUGAAGUAUACUUUACUGGACCACCCGAGCAAAUCACAAGCUCCGACCGGCGACUACACAGAUGCUCGCAAGUCCUUUAGGAGUACGCGUUACGCUGCAGCCCGCUUCGCCAACCGAUGCUUACCUUAUCACGAUGUUCUCGCCAGGUGGAUUGACAUACUAGCUACAAGCGGUGCGGACAAGGAGAAGCAUGAAGUUGUUGAGGAAGGAAAGAAGGGCCUGGACCCUUAUUGGUAUCGGAUGCUAAAUGCUACACCCGAUGUCUCAUCAGAGAUCGUCUCGGAGAACACUGUCAUGGAUCGGUUCUCAUUCCCUGAUUUUGACGAGCUUGUGGAGUACAUUUUCGAUCAGCGUCACGAAUCAGACGAUGUUGAGAUGGAUGAGGGCGAUGAACCGCAAACUCUACAUCGUGUAAAAGGCUUCAGGACUCGAUUCGGGGAUGCUUUCCCAACAGCCGUUAAGUUCUGUUGCCAAGUUCUGAUGCAAAAGUCGCUUGAAGAGAAAAAGAUCUUAGUAGAAAUCUCUACAGAGUGGGAAAGGAAGCUAGAGAUCACAAUAUCAACGGACCAACGCGCGCGCCAAGCAGUGAGAUCUUAUACCAGCGACUCUAAGCACUCGGCAUCGCUUGCAAUUGUAUUGAGAGCAGCGUUCGAAGAAGUUAUCAAAGAUGAUACUACAGAUGUUGGUCCGCUCGGAGAUACAUUCAUCGAUCUUUGCUCGUUAUGCCCCGACGACAUUUGGACUCAGGCAGAUCUAAUAGCAGACUUCCGCUCUCUUGAGCCUUCCAUACUUUCGAACAACUCUGCCAGACGAGGCGCAGCAUCUCACGGCUUUGGACUGUUGGUAUCACACCAAUCUUGCUACAAAAAAGAAAGACAAGCGUCCCUCUCGAUGCUGCUUGGCAAGAUGCAAGCCUGGAACGAAGCGGUUGGCGGAGACCUGAAUAAGGCAAGCGGAGCAACUCUAGCUCUGGCUUAUUAUUUCAGCAGACUCCAGUGGCGCCAAUCAACUACCGAAGAGACGAAAGAGCUGCUUUCGACAUACCUUCGAACGCUAUUUGACAUGCUGAAAGGUGCUACAGACACCACUCUGAAAGAAGCCUCCCACCUCAGCAUUGAUCAGCUCAGCCUGUUCCAAGUCCUCACACCUGAUAUUGUCAAUGAAUAUAUGCCGUUCGUUGAGGUUGCCGAAAAAAUCUACGAUACUGCAAAAUCUGGAAAAGCAAAUGCUAUUCUGGCCCUCGGGCAUUUCGGCAUGAUAGCAGAAGAGAAGACUGGAGAGAACGUAGAGAAGUCAGACCUCCACUAUGUGGAAGAGAAACUCUACAGCCUUCAUGAAGUGCGGCAGUCUGAAGCUCAGUUCUCAGUCGGAGAGGCUUACAGCUGUCUUGCAUGCGGAUGGGACUCAAAAGCGCUAGCUGCCGCUGUCGACAUUGAGAAUCCUACACAGGAGCGGCAACAAUGGGACAACGCUCUGGACACACCACAUAGUCCAGAGAGGAAGACAACAUUGAGUACAGUUCUACAAAAGACAUUGCUGGGCUGUCGUAAUACGAAGCCAUCAUUGAAGAAAGCAUCUGUGAUAUGGCUGCUAUGUCUUCUUCAGUUCUGUGGUCAUCGCCCGGAGAUACAGCAACAUCUGCCGGAAUGCCAAACAGCUUUCAAGCUGUGCCUCUCGGACAGAGAUGAGGUCGUACAGGAAGCUGCAUCGAGAGGUCUCGGUCUCGUUUACGAGAAAGGAGAUCGAGACUUGAAAGACGACCUAGUCCGGGAUCUUGUGGGUUCUUUCUCGGAUAACAGGUCCAAGAUGGCUGGCAGUGUCACCGCAGAUACACAGCUCUUCGAGCCAGGAGCGUUGCCAACCGGAGAUGGUUCUAUUACAACAUACAAGGACAUUCUGAGUUUAGCGUCAGAAGUCGGAGACUCUAGUCUUGUAUACAGAUUCAUGUCGCUGGCUGCCAAUAACUCCAUCUGGUCGAGCCGUGCUGCCUUUGGACGAUUUGGUCUGAGCAAUGUUCUUUCUGACUCUAGCGUUGACGGCUACCUGGCAGAGAAUCCCAAGCUUUAUCCCAAGCUUUACCGUUACAAGUUUGAUCCCAACCCGAACGUCCAACGCUCCAUGACCGAUAUCUGGAACGCUCUCGUGAAAGAUUCUUCGGCUACUAUUGACAAACACUUUGACGCUAUCAUGACGGACCUUCUAGAGAGCAUUCUAACAAAGGAAUGGCGUGUUCGGCAAGCUUGUUGUGCAGCUGUCGCUGACCUAGUCCAAGGAAGGGAUCUCGAGAAGUACGAGAAAUACCUUGACCAGAUAUGGGAUAAGUGUUUCAAGGUCCUCGACGACAUCAAAGAGUCCGUUCGGGCAGCAGCAGCCUCCCUUGCCCGUGUAUUGACCGGCAUCCUCACGCGAAGUCUCGAAGCAGGCGAUUCCUCCACGAAGAAUGCUAGCGCGAUGCUCGAACGAGUCUUGCCCUUCCUCCUAUCUACGUCGGGUCUUGAGUCCAGUGCAGAAGAAGUUCGAGCAUUCGCACUUCACACCUUGCUCCAGAUCAUCAAAAAGAGCAAUGGGAAGACGCUGCGACCUUUCAUCCCGGAUCUUGUGGAGCGACUGCUUGGUCUCUUAAGUGCUCUUGAACCUGAAGCAGUCAAUUAUAUUCAUCUCAACGCCGCCAAGUAUAACCUCACAGAGCAAAAGCUCGACGGUAUGCGUCUUGCUAGCGUGCGUGCUAGUCCACUCACCGAAUCCAUCGAGCGCUGCCUUGACCUUCUCGAUGAAUCAACUACAAAAUCUCUCAUAUCUCACCUUGAAUCAGCCAUCAAGAACGCCGUCGGCCUGCCCAGCAAAGUCGGCUGCUCCCGCAUCCUCGUCACCCUCAGCACCCGGCACAACUUCCUGUUCAGGCCCUACGCCGACUCCUUCCUCCGCCUCGUCCAGAAAUGCAUCCACGACCGCAACGAAACAGUCGCCAGCUCCUACGCCGUCUCUGCCGGGUACCUCUCCCGCCUCGCCUCGGACCCCCAACUCCUCUCCACCAUCGCCUUCACCCAAUCCCUCUACUUCAACUCCGACGACGACCGCUCCCGCCUCGCAGCCGGCGACAUCGUCCUCGCCAUCUCCAAGCACGCCGCCGACCGCUUCGCCGGCGUCGGCGCAUCCAUCCUGCCCUUUGUCUUCGUCGCCAAGCACGACAGCAACGAGGAAGUCGCCAAGCUCUUCGCAGACACGUGGUCUGACAACGUCGGCGGGAGUAGAGGCGUGCUGCUCUACCUCUCUGAGAUCGUCAAGGUCGCGUCCCAGCAUCUUGAAAGCCCGAAAUGGGUCCUCAAGCAUGCGAGUGCGCGAGCAGUCGCCGAUGCGGUCAUGAGCAUCACGACGGAUUCGCCGUCUGCGGUGGCGGCGACGGUGGCGGAUGAGAUUAGCAAGGCUAAUGCUGGGAUUAUUUGGCCGGCGCUGGAGAAGGCGAUGGCGGGGAAGACGUGGGAGGGGAAGGAGGUUGUGCUGGCGGCUUUUGUAAGGUUUGUUGAGCGGGGGAGGCAGCUGUGGGGCGCGGAUACUGCGGUGGCGGGGAUGGUGUCCAAGAUUGCGGUGAGGGAGGCCAAGAGGGUCAACGUGGCGUAUAGACCGCAUGCGGUCAAGGCAUUAGGGAAGGUGGUGAAGGCGAGGGAGGAUGAGGAGGGGAGUGCGGAAGUUGUGGGGGUUGUGAAAACCGUGGUUGAGGAUUUGAUUGGUGACGAGGACGAUGAGGAUAAGAUGGAUGUGGAUGGGGGAGAGGCUGCUGGGAAUGCGGCUGUGUAA